AUUAGAGUACAGGGAUAGGCUAAAUCCAAACCUAAUAAAUUACCUAGGUUAUAGGCAUUCCUAAUGAGGGUGGCUCAACAUUUCCUUUGUACCUACAUUUCUACCUUGACUACCAUGUACACUCUGUGCCUCUUCCCAGUCUAUUGCAAACGCUCUUCUUCCUUUCUUGUCUCGAUAGUUCUGUUACUAACCUCUAAAGCGGUCUAUCAUUGAUUACUAGGGCUACCUAGCUAGUAGGUACAGCUGAAGAUUAUGCAGUGCACUGCUAAAAUGUCUCCCAUUGAUGGGCUAAUUACAAGUGAUUCAUUGUAACGUAACAAUUUAGGGCACAGCAUCUUACCUGGGUUAUGUUAGGUUAGUUGCUGAUGUAGGCUUGGUUGUUUCUAGACCACCAUGUUUGUUCAAAGGGGAAUACUGACUAUCGAUAUUGAUUUAGGAGUAGCCUAUUCCUCAGCUAGAGUUGGUUGUUAAAACUUGGUAACAAGCACCCUUUGCCUUCAAUUGUUUCAGACAGCAGUAGCUAAAACUUAACCCACUUACCUGGUGUGUGUUAAGGGCAACUCGUCACCCAUACGUGGUAGAACCAGCAUUACCCCAAGCAUGAUGUGCAUAUAUGAUACCUGGACCAUGCUUGUACUGGAGGGUGUGUGCUAACCUACUUGCCUAGUAAUACAAUACUACCUAUACUUAGUGCUAGUUGGUCCCUAUACUGUUCACGAGCACUGACAGCGAUUUCCUCUCAGAAGAAAUGGCUUUCUUUGUGUGUGGUUAAAUUGAUGUGCACGUCAACUGUAUUCUAUGCCUCUUUUAAAGACAGUACAUAGUUGAUAUUCCUAGGAGAGUGAAAGGGCACACUUCCAACCAUGUACAGUAAAAAGUUUAGCAGAAAUACAUUUAAAUUGCAUUUUUAAGGUGCCACUGAAAAGAUAGCUUAAAAAAGCUAGAGAUAUUGGAGGUAGACAAAGUCACAAUUCAAAUAGCAAGAUGGAGGAAAGGAUCCAGAACAUAUAUCAGUGUGCAGUGUGUCUGAAAGAAUUUUCACGCAAAAGCACAUGCAAGAGUCACAUGAAGUUGCACACAGGAGAGCGUCCCUUUGAGUGUGAAACAUGUGGAAUGACAUUUGCUAGCAAAAGCAAUCUUACAAACCAUGUUUUGACACACACUCACCAAAAGUGCACCACUUGUGGCAAGACAUUCACAAGCAAACCCCUCUUAAAGAGUCACAUGAUCAUGCAUUCAAGUGAGAGACCUCAUGAAUGCAACCUCUGUGGUCGAUGCUUUAAGAGGAAAGGAGAACUGCGCUCACAUAUGGUAACACAUACGGGGGAAAAACGAUGGAAAUGUGAAGUCUGUGGAAAUCUCUUCACUGAGAGGCAUAGCUUAAAAACACACAUGCGCUUGCACACAGGUGAGAAGCCUUAUAAGUGUUCCGUAUGUGAAAAGACUUUUUCCCGGAAGAGCAGUUACAAUAGUCACUCAAGAAUGCACACUGGGGUUCAGCCUUACAAGUGUUUUGUAUGUGGAAAGAAGUUUGCUCACCGAAGUGUGAUGGUUUGUCAUUCAAGGAAACACAUGAUUAGGGAGUGUAUCAUGUGUGGUAUGAACUUUAUGAAAGAAAAUGAACUAACUUCACACGUUAGAGAACAGCACCAAGAUGACUGGCCCCACCGGUGUAAUAUUUGUGGUCUCCUGUUCACAAAUAAUGCAAAAGUCAGGAAACACAUGAGACUUCACACAGAAGAAAAGCCAUUUCGAUGUAACGUAUGUAGUAGACAGUUUCUUCAUAAAAGUGCACUUCAGAGCCAUAUGUUAUCGCACUCAGAAAGUGAAGGUAGACCAACUUGUAAUAUAUGUGGGAAGUCUUACACAGCAAAACUGUCAUUGGAAAUUCACAUGAGAACCCAUACAGGUGAGAAGCCAUUUGCAUGUUCAGUGUGUGGCAAGAAAUUUACACGAAGGUCUGGUUGCAUUAGCCAUAUGCGUCUGCACACAGGAGAAAAGCCCUAUGAUUGUCAUAUAUGUGGUAAACGAUUUGCCUAUUCAAGUGGAAUUCGAUCACACAUGAAAUUACACAGCCGAGCAGAGUGCAACCUAUGUGGUGUGAAACUUAUUGGAGGGAUUGAUCCGAAGAAUCAUGUCACACAUCAUAUUGUUGCUGUUGGAGCCAAGUGUGGUCUCUGUGACAUUGAGUUUAAAAGCCUUAAUGUAUUUAAAAGUCAUCUUUACAAGCACACUGUGGCUGAGAGAGAAGAGGAAUGUCGCAAAAAUGCAGAAACAAUGGGUAUUGCACUGGGCCAAACAGAUAACAAAGAUGAUAUUGAUGGAAACCAUACAACACAGCCACCAGAGCUACCAGUUCUGGUAGAGGAGGAUGCAGUAGACAAGAAAGUGAAUAUUCCUGAAGUUGCCAUGUUGGAGGCUUUUCCAGACCAGGAGGACCUUCUGCUUUCACCAGAAAUAAAAGAAAAUGAGAGGAAAGGAAAUAUGAGCACAGUUAUGCAAAGUGUAGUGAAGGUGAAACAAGAGAAUAUUGAAAUGGAAGAUCCAGAAUUUUUUGACACUGCUGUUCUGGAAGUUACAAAAUGCAGUGAAUCACAAGCUGGAAUCACCACUGUCAGGGUCACAACAAAACAGGAAAAGAAUAAUUCCGAUGAUGAUGUGGACAAAGCAUGUCAUGACUUUGACACUCACCCUCAAGACAUUAACUUUGAUACUGCAGCCCCAGUUUCACCUCUGAGAGAUAUUGAUUCACUCCAGAGUUCCCUGUCUCCUUCGUCUCUCUCCAACCCCCCAUCACCAUUGCCUAAACUAACUGAGCAGGUAGCUUCCAUUAAUUCCUCUAAUAUCAAGGAAUCUAUUACAGUGAAUGACAGAGACUUUUUCACUGGGAGCUCAGGUAGUCCCGGUAAAGUUAUAACUAUUAGCACAUCUAGUCCUAGUAAAACUCCUUUUGUUUGUGUAGGGAGCACCAAUGAAAAGUCUUUAAUUGCCAAAGCUUCUUCAUAUGUGGUUACAUUGCAAAAGAGUAGCUCUGCCAAUUCAUCUUUGAAAGCUAACAUGAAGACUACACCUACAGAAGUAAUUAGUCCAAAAAAUGUCUAUCUUAAGGAAAUAAAAUCUAAUCGUUCAGUGCUCAGUGUUAUUAAGGUUACAGCCAAAGGCAAAAAGCAAGAGGUGCCUAGUACUAAAUCCCCACAGGGAGAUGAUGUGAAACCAAGGUUAGCAUCCGCAACUAAGAAACUAUUUGACAGUGAAGAUAUGAACCUAGCCAACAGUUACAGUGCAUACGUAAAGAAAAUGUUGAAUCUCAUAAAUCCUCCAGAAAAACAAAUGGCUCUCAUAAAGGCACUAAACCAUACCAUGGAUGACUUUAUUGAAAAAUAUAAGUCUUGGAAAUAAAUGCAGUUAUAUGAUCUCUUAAAUUAUGUAUAUGAGUACUGUGUAGUGACUGUAUAUAUUUGUUUUUAUUGUUCUGAAUGAAACUUUGCCUGAAAGAUGAAAUAUAUUGUUGUAUGUGUAAAAAAAUAUUCUUUAAUAAACUGACCAACACAUU